AUGCAGCAUGAUUCAAGUGAAAUAAUUUAUAAUAACCAAUCUAAUUUCCUUGACAAUCGAUAUUCACUGACGAAUCCACCAUCAUAUGAAACAUAUGCUUAUCAACCAUAUCCAGGACCACCACCAUGCUCACCAGAUUCUAAACAAUCAAUCAACAAUACUGAGCAUACAGUAUCGAGUGCACAAUACUAUGGUCAUGUUCUAUUACAUCCACAAAAUAGUAUUCUGGUUGUACCUGCUCAUCAUAUAUUAAUGAACAAUCGAAGUGUAACAACAAUCACUUUACAACUUCGAGUAUUUUUUAUUCUUUCUGGUAUUGCUUAUUUACUAUGGGGUGCAUUAGCAAUUGGUUUAGAAAUCUCUCUUCUUCUUUAUUCUUAUUCAAUAUAUUAUCGAGGCAUAUUUUUAGGUUUUGUUAUGUUAGGCACAUCAAUUAGCAUGUUAAUUAUUGCAUUUCAAAUAUCUCAUUUGAUGAUUUAUAUGGUACGGUUAUUGUUUUUUCUUGUAAUUUUUUCUUUGCUUGGAAUCAUUUUAUCUGUUGCUGAUGUGUGUCUAUUACAAAAAUGUGUCAAUUCUGUGAGCGAGGACUUGUGUGAUGCACCAAUUGGAUAUACAUUAAAAGUGAUUAUUUUAAUCAAGUUUUUUAUUGUGACAAUUCAAACUGGAAUCAAUCUAUUGAUUGUUCGACGUGUAAAAAAGAAAUCGACAUCAAUGCCACCUGUUGCAAACACUUCAGACCAUCAAUAUUAA